UUACUCACUCUCUCUUAUUUACUCACUCUCUCUCUCUCUCUCUCUACCAUUACACAUCAAACCCGUUUUAUAACAUCAACUCGACUUUAUUUCUGAUUAUUUCUGACAUCAAAGUGUCUAAGACAAACUCAUAAGAUGACAACAUACCAGGAGUACAUUCAACAGAAUGAAGACAGGGAUGGCAUUCGUUUCAGCUGGAAUGUGUGGCCAUCCAGUCGGUUAGAAGCUACACGAAUGGUUGUACCACUUGGCUCCCUUUUCACACCACUGAAAGAACGGGUUGAUUUACCCCCACUGCAGUAUGACCCCAUACUCUGCUCACGACAGACAUGCAGAGCCGUACUGAACCCCUUCUGCCAAGUUGAUUAUCGUGCUAAGCUUUGGUCCUGUAAUUUUUGCUACCAGAGAAAUCAGUUUCCUCAGCAAUAUUCUGCUAUAUCAGAACAACAUCAACCUGCAGAAAUAAUUCCUCAGUUUUCUACAGUGGAAUAUAUUAUUGCUCGAGCCACUUGUCACCCUCCAGUCUACCUUAUAGUUCUGGAUACAUGCAUGGAAGAUGAAGAUCUCCAAGCUGUAAAGGAAUCUUUGCAAAUGUCUCUGAGUUUACUUCCUCCCAAUGCACUCAUUGGUCUCAUUACAUUUGGUAAAAUGGUACAGGUCCAUGAGUUAGGUUGUGAAGGCUGUUCUAAAAGCUAUGUAUUCCGUGGAACUAAAGAUCUUUCAGCAAAACAAAUACAGGAAAUGCUUGGCAUUGGCCGUGCUGUGAACCCACAAGCUCGCCAGGCACACACUCCACAAGGCCCUCAGCAACAUUAUCAGUUGCCAGCCAACAGGUUUUUGCAACCAGUACAUCGAUGUGAUAUGAGCCUAACUGAUCUUCUUGGUGAACUCCAGCGUGAUCCUUGGCCCGUUUCUCAAGGAAAGAGACCCUUACGCUCUACUGGUGUAGCACUCUCAAUAGCUGUUGGACUUUUGGAGUGCACCUACCCAAACACUGGUGCUAGAAUAAUGCUGUUUAUUGGUGGACCUUGCACUCAAGGACCAGGUAUGGUUGUAGGAGACGAGUUAAAGAACCCAAUUAGAUCACAUCACGACAUUGAAAAAGAUAGCUGUAAAUAUAUGAAGAAAGCAAUGAAGCACUAUGAGAGCCUGGCAAACAGAGCUGCCAAUAAUGGUCAUGUUAUAGAUGUCUACUCCUGUGCUCUUGAUCAAACUGGUCUACAUGAAAUGAAGUUUUGUCCAAACUUCUCAGGCGGUCACAUGGUUAUGGGUGAUUCAUUCAACACAUCUUUGUUCAAACAAACCUUCCAACGUGUAUUUUCUAAAGAUAUGAAAGGAGAAUUCAAGAUGGGUUUUGGUGCAACACUUGAAGUCAAGACUUCACGUGAAUUGAAAGUUUCCGGUGCCAUAGGUUCCUGUGUAUCUCUUGGUACCAAGAGUCAGUGUGUCUCAGACACUGAACUUGGAAUGGGUGGUACAUGUCAAUGGAAGAUGUGUGGCUUAUACCCUAACUCAACUAUAGCUAUAUUCUUUGAAGUUGUCAAUCAGCACAAUGCCCCAAUUCCUCAAGGUGGCCGAGGCUAUAUCCAAUAUAUCAGCCAAUACCAACAUUCUUCUGGACAGAGAAGAGUACGAGUGACAACAGUCGCACGCAACUGGGCUGAUGCCACCACCAAUAUACAACACAUCUCUGCUGGCUUUGACCAAGAAGCUGCGGCUGUCUUAAUGGCUAGAGUUGCUAUCUUCAGAGCUGAGACUGAUGAUGGACCUGACGUGCUUAGAUGGCUCGAUCGAAUGUUAAUUAGAUUGUGUCAAAAAUUUGGAGAUUAUCAUAAGGAAGAUCCAAAUUCUUUCCGUUUCACUCCUAACUUCUCGCUCUAUCCUCAAUUCAUGUUCCACCUGCGAAGAUCGCAAUUCUUGCAAGUAUUUAACAACAGUCCAGAUGAGACAACAUACUACAGACAUAUGCUCAACCGAGAAGACCUAACUCAGUCCCUAAUCAUGAUUCAACCAAUUCUCUAUGCUUAUUCCUUCAAUGGAACCCCAGAACCUGUUUUACUGGACACAAGCAGUAUUAUGGCGGACAGAAUUCUGCUGAUGGACACUUUUUUCCAUAUUGUUAUUUAUCACGGAGAGACAAUUGCUCUUUGGCGUAAGCAAGGCUAUCAAAGUCAGCCUGAAUAUGAAAAUUUCAAGCAGCUGUUACAAGCUCCUGUUGAUGAUGCACAGGAAAUUCUGCAGACCAGAUUCCCUAUGCCCAGGUACAUAGACACAGAGGCUGGUGGUUCUCAGGCUCGUUUCCUCUUAUCCAAAGUAAACCCUUCACAGACACACAACAAUCUCUAUGCCUGGGGACAAACCCAAAUAUUCAGCGAGGAUAGUGGUGCUCCAGUGUUAACUGAUGAUGUUAGUCUUCAAGUCUUCAUGGAACAUUUGAAAAAAUUGGCUGUCUCCAGUUCCUCCUGAUUACAAUAAUUUAUUAGCUCCAAAUAUUAUUAGAAUCUUAUCUGAUUUCAACAAAUCAUUGUUUUUGGAAACAGUGUAGUGGCAGUGGUGGCACACUACCAUUUGUUACUAAAACUUUUAUUAAAAUUAUUUCAAAUAUAUUUGAUAAAAAUGACCUUAGCUGCCAAAAUGGUUCAUAAUAAGGAUGAUGAUGAUGAUGAUAAUGGUAACAAUAAUGAGAACCAUCAAUUGGUUUGAUGUCAAACUUAAAAAGAAAAAAAAGAUUCCUUUCUCUGUGUGUGUGUGUGUGUACACACACACACACACACACACAUGUAUGUAUGUGAACUGACAAAUGGUUACCUUGUUUUUGCCUCAGAAAUGUUAUCACUUAUUCUGCUAUUUUGAAGGCUCUGAGAAUUUUAACAUUGUAAAAAUAACCUGUUUAACGA